UUGUGAUAUGCUUUAUAACAAAACAGUUAAGCCAGUUAGGCAGAGAGCAGUCGGAACAGGUAAGCAGUCGUUCACAGACUAGCCAGAAGCAGCCACAUAUCAAAAAUCAUGGCGCUAUGUGUGAGGUGGCAUGUGCGUGUCAUAAUACUCUGCCUUAUACUAACCUGCUGUCUCCAAAUUGAAACUAAGAAAGCAAGCGGACGGGACCUCAUCGAGGACGUUGUUGACAUAAAGCAGCACAAGAAGCUUCUUCGCACAAAAAAGAAUGUUCUUAUCCUGUACACGAAAAACGCUAAGGAGGCAGCUGAGCCACUACGGAUAUCCAGUGAUGUUGCGUUGGAACUCAAAGGCCAAGCUACUUUGGCAUAUGUUGAUUGCGCAGGGGAAGGAAAGAAGCUUUGUAAGAAGCUUAAGAUAGCACCAGAAACUGCAAUAUUGAAGCACUACAAAGAUGGGGAGUUCCACAAGGACUAUGACCGGAAGUUGACAGUGACGUCCAUGUCUAACUUCCUAAAGGACCCCACAGGCGACAUACCUUGGGAAGAGGAAGAAGACAGUGCCGACGUCUACCACAUUGCUACAUUUGAGGAACUGAAGAGGCUAUUCCAGAAAGAAACUUCACCUGUUCUCAUCAUGUUCUAUGCUCCUUGGUGUACAUUCUGCAAGAGACUGAAACCAGACUAUGCUAACGCUGCUACAGAGCUCAAGGGUCACUCGGUACUGGCUGCCAUAGACUUGAACAGGCCUGAAAACGCAGCUAUUCGCCGACACUUCAACAUCACGAGUUUCCCAACGCUCCUGUAUUUUGUGUCUGGAACAUUAAAGCAUCGCUAUGAAGGUGAAAACAACAAGGAUGCCAUCGUCAAGUUUAUGAAAAACCCACAACAGCAAAACAACAAGCCCAAGGAGCAAGCUUGGUCAGAUGAGCCAAGUGAUGUUGUUCACUUGACUGAAGAGACAUUUGAGCCAACGCUGCAAAAAAAUCCUUCAGUUCUUGUCAUGUUCUAUGCACCCUGGUGCGGCCACUGCAAGAAGAUGAAGCCAGAAUAUGUAUCUGCUGCUGCUACACUUAAAAGCGAAGGGGUGGCAGGCAUCCUGGCUGCUGUUGAUGCAACCAAAGAAAAAUCGCUCGGCUCCCAAUUUAAUGUUAGUGGCUACCCAACCGUCAAGUACUUUGAGAACGGCGCCUUUGCCUAUGAUGUGAAUGUUAGGGUGGCUUCAAAGAUUGUGGAAUUCAUGAAAGAUCCCAAGGAACCCCCUCCACCUCCACCCCCCGAGCAGCCAUGGAGCCAGGUGAAGAGCGAGGUGGUCCACCUUGAUGAAGAGACAUUCAAGCCAUUCUUAAAGCGCAAGAAGCAUGCCCUGGUUAUGUUUUAUGCACCAUGGUGUGUUCACUGCAAGAGAGCCAAGCCUGAAUUCCAGUCUGCAGCAGAAGUGCUUAAAGAUGACCCCAAAGUGGCUCUUGCUGCCGUCGACUGCACAGAGCACAGUAGUGUCUGCAAUGCCUAUGAUGUGGCUGGCUAUCCCACAUUCAAGUACUUCAGCUAUCUGAAGGCAGUAUCUGAAUACACCAGGGGAAAGAUGACAGCAGAUUUUGUCAGCUUCAUUCGAGACCAGAGUGGUACAACGGCUGAACCCACACCUGUGGCCACACCAUCUAAAGCACCAAAACCAAAGCCAAAAUCUUGGUGGGAUGACUCACCUGGCGGCAGCCAUGUGCACUUGCUAAAGUCUGGGGACUUUCAGUCAUACCUUGAUGGCCAGGAAUCUGUACUGGUGAUGUUUUAUGCCCCAUGGUGCAAGUUUAGCCAAGAACUGAAGCCAACUUUUGCUGCAGCUGCUUUACAGUUGCACUCUGAGCAAGUAUCGGGAAAGCUAGCAGCAGUUGAUGCAUCAGAAGAGAAGACGCUUGCUUCCAAGUGGAAAGUUAACAGCCUUCCCACACUGAAGUAUUUCAGGCGAGGAAAGUUAGUUGCUGACUAUGACAAGGGAAAGAACACUGUUGAGAACUUGGUCGCCUAUCUUAAGAGCCCUCCAGCUGCUGCCAAGAAAACAGAGUUAUGAGAUGACUUCCUAUCCACGACGUCCAUCAUGAUCCUGGCCAGGCUGUCUGAAGGAACAUAAUAUCCUCCCAUUUCUCUCGGCCAUUCAGCUCAAUGCUGCAGCAACACUUCUGCUGUCAUCUGCACCUUGUAUCUUCCAGGAGGCCAUAUUUGUCACAUACAGAAGGUACUUCAGAGGACCACGCAACAUGUAAGGGAAUUCCAGCGAGAAUGCAGUCUCAUACUGCAAACCCAGUGAAUGUCUUCAUUUUAUUCAUCUUUUGUAGGCUUGUUGUGACAGGUUUUCGGCACUAUGGGGAUCUGAAGCCCACGACAGCCAUUUUGGCUUUGUUACCACAGCAGUUGUUUAUCACGGUUAUGGUUCAGCAUUGGCUGUAUAGAUACCAGAUACUGAGCAACUCACUCCUGAAAUUUUGCACUUUUUGAGCAGUACUUUUGUCUGACAGUAACAACCAUCACUUCCCUGGAAUAUGCACUUAUCUGUACAGAGCCACAGGUAUUUUAUCAGCUGCGCACUGAUGGAAGUGCUAGUGGCAGAAUCUGUAACUCGGAAAGCUCUAGAAUGAUACACUACAAAGGGUGUGAAAUUUUCUAUAAAUGUGAGGUGCUUAUCAACCAUUCAGGAGGAUUGUAAUGGUGUCAUGAAGCAUUAAACUGGCUGCAUGUUUGAGGCCCCUCAUUCAGCUGAUCAGUCAUCAACAGCUAUUACAGUCGGAUCUUGAUAAUUCGAACUCGAAGGGGCCCAAAAAUUUUUUCGAAUUAAAGGAAGCUAGUUGAAUGGAGGACUUACCUGCAGUGGUGCAUGCGCACUGAUCUAACAUGAGUGGGAAGUGCCAUACGAAUUAUUCACACAUAUUUAUAAAUUACAGUCAAUGUUCGAUUUUUCGGACUCCCUAAAGGCAACGAAAACGUUAAAAAAACCGGGCCCCCAAGGGCUCAAAUCGCCACAGGCACGUCCUAAAUAGCUCUGAAGGCCUGUUAGUGCACUUAUUAGACGUAUCGGUGCUCUUAUUGUGAUAGGAGACGACGGGUACACGUGUGCAUAAUUAAAGGAAACAUACCAUGACCAGUGACAAUUGCCCCUUCUAACUUUUGGUAUGCUUCACCGCAUAAAUUUGUUGUAUUGGAGCGAAACAGACUUUCGGAAAAUGGCGUUAUGCAACGGGUCAUGCUUUCCGCGCUUCGAAGCCAUUGGCGAGGAUUACAAAGAAGGAGUCAGUGCCAUUGCUAACAGCCGCGAAUUGUUUCAAUGAAGAACACAGCACCGAAAAGCAAGAAGCUUGGUAAUGGACGCCACAGUAGCUAGGCCUAGUUUUGCCACAGUGUGGCUAUGGCUGCCAGCGGAUCUGCUGGUCGGAGGCACCACCGCGUGAUUUUUCGCGCUGCUGAUAGCAUUGUCGGAGCACAGUAUGUUCGAAUUAACCAUCGCGAAUGCUUUGACGUUCGAAUUGCCGGGCGUUUUCGCCCAUUGGAAUACAUAUAACUUACCACAGGGUCACUUCGAAUAAACCGAAAGUUUGAAUUAAGCAUGUUCCAAUUAAUGAGAUUCGACUGUAUUUCAUCUUUUCUUGCAUCUGUGGUCAUCAUUCUUUCUUAGAAUUUUUCUAAGUAAAGUCAAAUUGUAAUGAUGCAGCUUAGCAUGUUGUUCUACUAGUGCAACAAAAUGUUUCACCUGUAGUCUGGUUCAUUUGCAGCUACUGCGAAUAAGCUGCAUAUGUAUUGCUUGAAAACUGCCCUAGUAUGGUUGCUGGAAGCAUUUACUAUGCCUCUGCUGAACUUGCUAUCCAUCAGGGAAGCCAAUUGAGCGUGGGUACUCUGCAGCAUCUUUUUACGGUGUGUCAUAGCUGUUGAUCUGCACUAUUCGCAUCGUGUCAAACUUCCAGUGCAUUUCAAAUAAUGCUGGCUUACAGCAAAUAUAUUCACAUAAGUUUUGAUAACCUGUAAUUUAAUGGUGUGUUGAAUGAGCAGAGUCGCACAACUGCACUGGAAGCACAAAUGCUUUUUUGCCUGGAGGAAAGCAUACAAGUUCUGUGAACAGUCUGCCAGAUCUUGGCUAGUGUCAGAGAGCCUGUAGUGCAGAUUGCAAGUCCUUGUGAAACAAAAGCUGCAAACUAUUAUGGAGCAGCCUUGUAACAAUUGGCCAAAUGCUGCUGGUAUGUACGAUUGAAGUUUCAAACCAUGCAGUCCACCAAAUUUAAGUCCAUAUGUCAUGCCUACAUCUGGUUAUAAAUUAAAUUAUUUCACAGCAGUUGGGAGGUCACCACCAGUAAGCUUUAAUGUAACUAGAUUUUUCAUGCAAGGAUAGUAACAGGUUGAAGUGCCAAAUCUUGGUUAGCUGUGCUAGUACUAGUAAAAUCAAUGACAAGUGUUCCUAGCCCUCUCUAUGUAACCAAUCCCAUCAUAUCUUUCUUGUUCAUGCGAGUCUGCAUAGGUUGCAGGCACGCAGAAAUUCAGUUCGAUUGUAAAGUUGGUGAUGUGAUUCAGACAUACCAAUCAUUACAAGGUGCUCUCGCCAUGAUGUUUAUCAUGGCUGCUCAUGGUUCAUUAAUGUAGCUGUGAUGUUUUAUAGUUGAAGCUUGCACAGUGUGUCUUAGAAAUGAUUUUCUUUGUGCAUGUUCCUGUCUUUGCAUUUCAGUGUGCAUUCCAGUAAUUUAGAUUUCCUUUCCACCUUGCCUUUACCUUUCUUGGUGUUGGGCAGCUUGCUCGUGUCUUACCAGCUUUAUUUCACUGCAGUACCAGGCACACAAUGGCACCAGUUUUUGAUUGCGCAUGUUUCUAAGAAUGUUGCUCUUUCACUGUUGUAAGUCUAAACGCUGUUUAAGAUGAUCAAAAUAUUUUAUUUUUAUAAGAUGUUUCUUUGUUACUUCUCUGCAAUAUUUCUUCAUGUUCAUUCUUCUAUAAUAUAUGUGCUUCAACGGUGUCCAUUAUGCAUGUAGUGCAAUCCUUUGCAAAGUUUUUGUGCUUGCUCAAAGUUAACUGCUUUUCUUUGGUUAACAUUGUAAAUGUCAAAGUAAAAAUAUGUUUUGUGUCAUUUCCACUGUGAAGAGAAAAUAACAAAAUAACUGUCCUGUGGAUUCAGUUGUGUGUGGAAGACCCUGAACCUUCUGUGUGAAGCAGUGAUGUUUUCUUGUGUGUCAGACUGGCUGGCAGACUGUGGAAGUUAAUAGCAUUGGUUGAUGCUCCAUUUUUACGCAAUUGUUGCUGCUGCAAACAGGCCACCAUUAAUUUUGUAGAUGAAUGUUAGCAGAUGUAAACAUGUAGUGCGAAAAAGGUAGCUUGAAAACUAGUUAGGUGGCCUUGUUAGUCUUCCAAAUCAAUAAUGCAAACCAGUCUGCUGUUUGCUUUUUGAACAUUGUUUUUUAAUCUUUAAUUUUCAUGAAACAAUACUCUUUUUGCUUGAUAUCCUUGUGGAUAUUGUUUUCUGAAACUUGCUUUUUUGUAAAACUAGCUUGAGGUAUGGCACAACUUGUAGAUGUUCGGUGCCCAUUUAUGUUACUACUGUUGUAGGGAGAGUGCGGUUGCUUAUGAUACUGUGAAACCUGUGUAAGUGGGCAUUGUAAUAUGCGAAGCGUGCCUCACGUGCGAGGUACUUGUGAUGUUGUGGAACCAGUGCCUUCUACUCAAUCAUUUUGGUAGAUGCAAGUGUAAUAUGAAUAAGGAAUGGCAGUGUAAGAGAACUAGGGCAGCCAUUUGCAAUAUUUCUUGGAUAUUCUUGUGGUUUGCCCAGUGAAUAUAGUGUGGAAUGUGUGUCAACUGCCAAGUUUUCAUGGAAACUGGCUUAUUGAGCAUUGAUCUUCAUCCAAUUGCUUCCUCUGUGUUCCAUAUAGCAUGUGUAGGUGGCUGCUGUGAAGAAAACAGUGAGGCUUUUAAAUAAUUUAUAGUAACCAGUGUCUUGAGAGCAUGUUGAUAUCAUUUCUAGGUUUCUUUACUUUGUUGUUGUACACUAUAUUGUGUGAACAAACCUAGUGUUGGUUGGUCACCAUUGCUGCAUGAGACCUGUUUAGAGAUCAACUUAUUCUUUACAGAAUGCUUCAUUGUCGGUAGCCUUGUAUGUUCCCACCAAACUAGACAUUCAUGAAGUGCCCAACAAUUUACUGUUGUUAGGAUGACUUGACAUGUGCUUUAUAUUUCAAUUUUGCCAAGCUGGAAAAUUUGUUCCUCAUUGUCUUACUGCUCAUAUUGAUGCCUUGGUAUUUCUGUGUGCUUUGCAGAAUACUUGUUGGGUGCCGUUUAUUUCUUACUAAAUCUACACUUCUCAUUUUCUAAUCACUUUGUGUCGUCGUUUUUUGCUUCAAAUUCUGUUUGCAAGGUUUUCAAGCAGCUCAUUGGUUGAUUGUCACUGAACCUGUUAGGAUGCUGUUAUUACACUGUAUUUUGCCAGUUCAGUGUUCUAAAAAAUGAGGCCUGUAAUAAAGGUUACAAAUUUGACUCUU